AUGUCUAAAUUGAAAAGCCAAGUAAAAAUGAUGAUUUAUAUAAAAGUCUGUUUCCAAUUAAGCUUUAUGCAAUGAUACAUCAAUUUAGUAAUAGAACCAUCAAUAAAUAAAGCAAGAGAACCAAUAUAAUUUGAGUAGCACAGAUUGUAAAAGGUAGAAAUCCUUUUUAGGAGAUCGAUUUGUUACAUAAUUAAAGAAGAAUUUUACUAUCAUUUAGGAAAACUAAUUGGAGAAUCAAGACAUUGCAUCAAGUUAAAUGGCAUUAGAGAUGCUCUAUAAAUAGUAAAUACUGGAAUAGGAACCUAUAUUCGAGUUAGAUUCAAUGUAAUUUAUCAAUUAAAGUGGAUUUUAAUACAAUCAAUAGAAUAAUUACAACAUCCAUAACUCUAAAAUUUAUAAUAGGUAGAUGCAAUAAUUAAUAAUAUAACUAGUAUUCUUAUAGAUCAUAAGUAUUUUACAAUACCUGAAACACUCUCUAAUUAUUAUGGUAAGUAUGUAAGAAAAAUACAGAAAGUUCCAUUUAAAGUUCUUGAUGCACCAUAACUUUAAGAUGAUUUUUAUUUGAAUCUAAUAGAUUGGAGUAACUAGAAUACAUUAUCUGUAGCUUUGAAUUCUUGCGUAUACUUAUGGUAUGAGUGAGUAUAAAUAAUUUCAGGAAUGCAUAAUCUUCAAAAGUUACAAAAUUGUUGGAUCUCCAUAAUGAUUAAGUUACAAGUGUUGCAUGGUCACUUAAAGGAUCUCAUUUGGCUGUUGGAACUAAGAUAGGAGAAGUCUAAAUUUGGGAUGCUAUUAAAUUAUCAAGAGUUCGCACUUAUAAAGGACAUAUAGCAAGAGUAGGGACAUUGUGUUUUUCAGAUAAUGUGUUAAGUAGUGGUUCAAGAGAUAAACUAAUAUUAUAAAGAGAUUUGAGAUUGAAGGGAAAUUACUUUCAGAAACAGUCUGCUCAUAAAUAAGAAGUUUGUGGUUUGAAAUGGUCACCUGAUGGAUAGAUGUUGGCUUCAGGGGGAAAUGAUAAUAAACUUUAUCUUUGGUCUUCAAAUAAAUAAGAUAAACCAAUAUUUAGAUUGUCUGAACAUUAGGCUGCAGUCAAGGCUAUUGCAUGGAGUCCUCAUUAACAUGGAUUAUUGGCUAGUGGGGGAGGAACAGCAGAUAAAACUAUUAGAUUUUGGAAUGCACUAGAAGGAAAAUCAUUAUAAAAAGAAGACACUGGAAGUCAAGUAUGUAAUCUCAUGUUUAGUAAAAUUGAAAAUGAACUUAUUUCUACUCAUGGAUAUAGUCAAAAUUAAAUAGUUCUAUGGAAAUGUAACAAUAUGAAAAGGAUAUCUACAUUAGUUGGACAUACAUGCAGGUAUUAUAUACAUUAAUGAAUAGAGUACUUUAUUUAGCUAUGUCUCCUGAUGGAUCAACAAUAGUAACUGGAGCAGGAGAUGAAACAUUACGCUUUUGGAAUCUAUAUCCUUAAAUUAAUCAAAAUUAUAAUUAGUCUAAUGGUUCUUUGCAUAUUCCAACAAUUCGAUGA